AUGGCGGUUUCCGCAUCUGCCAUUAACCACCUGAUCUCCUUCGAGGCUGCGCACAUCACAAGCCACCAGCACAUCGCGGCGCAUGAUGAUCUCAAGUUGCUGAAGGAGCUCGGCAUUUCUGGUAUUUGCAUUGUGGGCGGUGCUAUCCUCUGCAUGCUGAAGAAGUGCCCUCAGCUGAUGACGCCAGGCCUCCUGAUCAUCUUCUUCGGCGCCCAAACUGGCAUGAACAUGUACAUGAAGGCCGUUUUUUCGUCCGCCACAGUCCUCGAUCCAGCGCCAGCAGAGUAUUGCACAGACGUUGAAGGCCACUGUGCGUGGAUGGGCUUCCAGGCCUCAUUCUUCGUAACCGGGAUACAGCAGUUUGGUGGGUUCAUCAUAUUUUGGAUACUCUUCCUCCCCGCGAAGGCGCUCGGCUUCAACAAAUUGGGGGACAAAGAGAUCACCAUCAAGACGCUGACCUCAAAGAAUGAGGUAAUCGCUGUGCUGUGCUUCGCGGCGAGCUUCACAAUGAACAUCGCCUUGAACAACAUGUCCAUGGCGCUGAUCCCGUUGACGCUGAACCUCAUCAUCCGCUCAUGCCUCCCUCUCUCGACCUUUGCCGCGCAGUGGCUCCUCACGAAGUACACGACCGGCGAGGGGAAGCCGUGCAAGGCCAUUGAGAUCGGGUUGAUGAUGUUGGGCGCUGCGAUGAUGUGUGUAUGCGUCUGGGCCAAGAUCGCCGCCGAGGCCGAGGGGGAGUCCCACAAGAAGGCAGGCACUGGCGAGUCUGCGAAGACCGUGAUCGGCGUCAUAUAUUGCGUGGUGUCCCUGUUCUCAGGGAGCGUCAAUCUUGCGCUCGCCGGGAUCCUGAAGACCUCCGUGAAGCUGGACGGGUUCAACACCGUGGUCUACAACUCCAUUCCCGCCGCGAUCAUUCUCCUCCCCUUCGUGUUCCUGCUGCAGCACCCCGUGAAGCAUUGGGAUGGGGUCGGCUACACGAACGACGCCUGGGUCGUGGCUCAGGUCUGGGAGCACAGCAAGUCCACAUUCGUAUUCGGCGCCAGCUCCGCCCUGGCCUCGCUGGUGUACAACAUCCUGCAGUUCAGCAUCGUGCAGUACCUCUCGGCCACCCAUGUCGCGUUCGCGGGCAACUUCAACAAGGCCGCCACCGUUCCGCUCGCCCUGCUUGUCGGCAUCGACCACCUGCCGCAGGCACCGUACGGCGCCAUCAUGGUGGUCUCGGCCAUCAUCAACAUCCUCUCUUUCGCCGCGUACAACGUGGUCUCCGGCGGUGCGGGAGGCCACGGCGGCGGCGGCGGCGCCAGCAAGGAGAAGGAGAAGGAGAAGCAGGCCAUCAAGGACGCGGAGAGCGGCUUCAUCGGGUACAGCGGCAGGGACGGCUGGGCAACGCUGCUGGUGGGCAUCGCCAUCGCGUGUGCGCUCUUCCUCGUGUACCUGUUGCCCCGCCACUACCAGCACCGGCUCUUCCGCGUCGACCUCGAAGGCGCCGGGCAGGCCGAGGCGGCGAGGGCAGAGGCCAGCUACUACGACGCGCAGCUCGCCUGGCCCGAGCAGGACCAGUACCACACCACCUACCCGCUCUACCAGAGCAACAACGAGAUGCCGUCCAAUUUCGACGAGAUGAGCUUGCUGUCACGGAAGCUAUGGGAGCUGAGACUCUGGGUGGCCUUCUCCCCGCAGGACGAGGAGUGGCGCGGCUUCUGGGGUCGAGAGAAGGAAAAAGACAGGCCAUUCUGGAACCCGAGGGCGCGCCAGGUGUGA